CAAGCCGGUGCUAAACUGGUUGAGGUUCACCUUUGCUGUGGGCUUGCAGUGGUUUAACAGGACUGAUUUAAAAUUAAUUUUGUUAAACCAGUACAGUUUCUUUCCUAUAAAGAAGACCAGGGAUGAGCUGGAGUUUGCAUCAAACUAAUAUACAAUUUACUCCUAUUUCAAACUCAGCUGGUGCAAACCCUGGCUUGCCCCCCUUGUCUGUUGUUUCAGGAUCAGUGCUGGAGCAGCUACAGUGAUGGCUGCAUCAGGGCUAUUCCUAAGCAGACAAGGCCUGCAGACUUGUGGUGUCUCCACUAGUGAGUUUAGACAUGGAAACAAGGAAAUUAGAUGGAAGUUUCUUUAAAACUGCCCUGAAUAAAGAUGAAAUUGAAAACAGUCUCAGUGAAAUUAGUAAUCUUAAAAUGACUGAGAGAGAGAAUGGCAAAUACAAUAAAAAUAAUGAAGUCAAAUGUGAAAGCCUUUGUCCAGCUCCUCAGAACAUUUGGUGUCUUGGUCUGCAAACUCCAAGAACUCCUGCUCCAGGGAUCCUAAAACUGUUGCCAUCUCAAUCAUCUGAAUUUGUGGGAGAAGAAGAUUACUCUUCAAAAAAAAUUCCCAAAUUAGGAGAAUGGAGUAUAACAACUUUUAAAGACAAUAUUAUUCCCACAGGGAGAGAACUUCCUCGUACCCCAUUAUGCACAAAUCAACAAGGGAAAUUGUUACUAAAAGCUUUAAAGGACGAUACAGUAUUGAAUGAGAGACAUUCAACAGGUGUAGUUGGACCUAGCCAUUCAGAAUGUGAAACACUUAAGUUACAGACUGAUGGUGAUGUGCUGGAGAAACUUUUGACGGAGGAGACUUCUGUAAACACUUGUGCCUCAAAUGCAUGGGUUUACACUAGGAAAAAAGAUUCCAUUUGCCAAUGUAUGCAGCAGCCUGAUGACAACCACAUCAUCUCUGGCAAUACAGAAAAUGGCGAGGAGGUGGCACCACCUCUAGUUGAGGAUGAGCAAGAAUUACAAGAAAUAGUUGAACCUCUGCAAGGUUCUCCAGUACCAAAGUGUUUCACUACUACAACAAACAGGACAAGACUAAGUCAGAUACCAGUUCAAGGGUUGAGUGAGAUGAAUAUAUCAAUGAUGGUUAACAGAAUAAAAGGCUACCAAUGCACUAAAGAAGAUAUGGAAUUUCUUCGACACAUGAAAAACCAAGAACAAGCACAGAAAUUGAAGGCAAAAUAUUUACAUCUACAAAAGGAACUAACCAGCAUGGUUCAGACAAAGGAGCUGCUAUUAGCACAGCGAGAGAAAGUGCAAGAAGAGAUUGUACAAAUGAAAACAUCUUGUAAUAGAACAGUCCAACUUGGAAGAGCCUUCCUGGGUAAGAAAAUGGAUCCUGCCGCUCUCGAAGCAUUGCCACCAAAAGCUGUACUUGGACAGCUGAAUCCUGUGAAACUGCAGCAUGUUCAACAGCAAGAGAAGGCUGAACUUCAGGCACUUACAAAAGAGCUAAAGAAGUUAAAACAUUCCAUUGCCCAACUGCCUCAGAAACAGGGAAUAAGGCUGGAAAGAGAGUCUUAUAAACAACGGAUACAGGAAGCGAAACACAGAGUACAGAAAGCACAAGAAGAUGUGGAGAAUCUGAAGUGCAAAGUUGAAGCAGCACAGUCAAAACUAGUAGAAGUUCAGGCACACCUGUGUAAUACAAGAGUUGAAAUAGAGAAGUGGCACAGUUUGAAAGAGAAGACAACUGUUUCUCAGCCACGAGAGAAUGCCCAAGAUUCUGUCAAUGAUUAUCUUAAGAGAAGACUUAACAGAAUCUUGCGAAGAACAGAUCUCUUUUUAGAAAGGGAAAAAAUAAUUGAAAGACUUAAUCUUUUGCAAUGAGACCCCCUUGCAAAAAUCUGAUCGCUAGGUCAAAGAGGCUUUUAGGGCUGCUGCUGUACAUACAGAUCUCUCCCCAUUGGGCACCUGAGUUGUCCAAAUUCUAUAACCUGUCUGUGUUGAAAGUGUGAACAGAUCUGCAGUAUUAACAGUUAAGAUGCAGCCAGAAUCAUGAAGAUAAAAUUUGGGGUUAAUGGCUAUUUGGAGUCCUCUAUGUGAAAGUUGAGUUUUAAAUGACACUGUAAAUACAAGUUUUUUCUGUGGUACUAUUUUCAAGUAAGGAGACUAAGGUGUUCAAACCACUGGAUCUGAAACAGUUAAUCAGUCAUCUAGGAGGAGGAAUUAAAUCCCUUAGGAAUUUUGCACACUGGAAGGAGUUAAUCCUGGUGUCACUUUGUAUCUAAAAUUAACUAUAAAAUAUAUUUUAGUGAUUAGUACCUAGGAAUUAAGAUGGGCAGUGCUUUGUCAUCACUCCUCAUGUACAAUGGUGGGGGCAGUGGAAGCCUUUCCCUAAACUGUUUUUGAUUACUUGUUUUAAAGCAGGUGCUAAUAAGUUACUGAUGCCCUAGAGCCAGAUGUCUAGUUACAUUCAGCAUAUUAAAAUAAGUUUUUACAAAAUGCACAGCUAAUGGAAAUAGUUUCUAUUAGUGAGAGUGAGUUUGUCUUAAAUGUGUUCCCUGACACAGAAUUACCUAAACUGGCAUCAGCCCCCUCUUGUUAAAUAUAUCGUGGAAGAAUUAGCUUCACCAAAAAGUAAAUACAUGUUGUCACACAAGGGUAGAUACUAUACUAGCAUCCUACAAAGAAUGGAGGAAAGAGCAACUUAGAGGCAUAGGCCAGAAAGUGUAAUAGACUCCCAGCUUUGGUUUAACAGAGCUAAAAAUGACUCCACCCUACACAAGCAGUAUGCAAGCCAUUCAAGUAUUAGAGUCAAGAAAGACAAGGGUACACACUACUAUAUCAGUCUAGAUUUUUCUUAUGAGUUCUACAUAAUCAUUCCUGAGCAUGAGACAUAUGUACAAUUUAUUCAAAAUACAUAAAAAUCUCACUAUUUAUACAAUCUAAAGUCUAGCAAUAUAUACAAAUACAGAGUAACUACAGUACAGGCUGAGGUAAGAAAGUACAUUCUGGGAGAACAGCCGUUUUCAUAGUCAAUUACAGUGAUUUUUUGUAUCUAUUAUUGCUAUAGAAUAAAAAACCCCUCAAUGUACCUCUGGUUUUACUGUACAUGGGACAAUGCCACAUGUAGUUAUGCAUCUUACAUUCAGUUAAAAUCUACAAUACAGGCCAUUAGCUCAAGUUUGAUGCUGAACUGUAUGUUAGGCACGUGAUCCUGGCAUGGUAAAAAUGACUAAAUUAAACAUGUUUAAUUUGAGCAGAUGUACAUUAGCAACAUUUUAUCUUGCAACAUCAACAUUUCAUGCAAGAGGCAGAGAGUAAAAAUGGCAAAAUCAACUUAAACUUAGCUUUUGUAAACCUGGAAAGAAGUA